GCCCUCAAGGCGCUCAAGCGGCCAACCUCCGCCCUGCAGAGCGCUCCAACGGCCAGGUCGCUUCCCAUAGGGCAUCGUAACUGCUAGGUCCCGCCUUCCGAGGUGCGCUUGGGACCAGGCCACGCCCCAAAGAGGCCAACGCUGGCCAGCCCCGCCCCUCGAGCCNCGCCAACUGUCCUCCCCCUCCCCCUCGUGCGCCGAGACGUGAGGACGCCGGCGUCGUAGGCUGAGGUGGCAGCUGUCCCGCAGUCAUGGAGCUGCCGCAGAUGCCGGAGCUGAUGGGGUUGUCCCUCCUGGUGGGUCUGCUGGCCUUGGUGGCCACGGCGGCUGUGGCGCGGGGCUGGCUGCGGGCCGAGGAGAAGCCCAGCCAGCCCGUCUGUAAGUAUACCGGGUCGGGUGGCGGUGACUCUGGGGACUUUGCUCCCGGCCACCGCGUGGUACGGUACCAGGAGCGUGGAGAGUCACGGACNCACCCUCUUCUGGCCGCAGCACUGAAGAGCCACAGUGGCAAUAUAUCUUGCAUGGACUUCAGCAGCAACGGCAAGUAUCUGGCCACCUGUGCGGAUGACCGCACUGUCCGCAUCUGGAGCACCAAAGAUUUCCUUCAGCGGGAACACCGCAGCAUGAGAGCCAACGUGGAGCUGGACCAUGCCACCUUGGUGCGCUUCAGCCCUGACUGCAGAGCCUUCAUUGUUUGGCUGGCCAAUGGGGACACCCUCCGUGUUUUUAAGAUGACCAAGCGGGAAGAUGGGGGCUUUACUUUCACGGCCACACCAGAGGAUUUCCCUAAAAAACACAAAGCGCCCAUCAUCAACAUCGGUAUUGCUGACACAGGGAAGUUCAUCAUGACGGCCUCCAGUGACACAACUGUCCUCAUAUGGAAUCUGAAAGGUCAGGUGCUGUCCACGAUCAACACUAACCAGAUGAACAACAGUCACGCAGUCAUCUCCCCAUGCAGCAGGUUUGUGGGUUCGUGUGGCUUCACCCCAGANGUGAAGGUCUGGGAGGUCUGCUUCGGGAAGAAAGGAGAGUUCCAGGAGGUGCUGCGAGCCUUUGAACUGAAGGGUCACUCUGCAUCUGUCCACUCUUUCGCUUUCUCCAAUGACUCUCGAAGGAUGGCCUCGGUCUCCAAGGAUGGCACAUGGAAGCUAUGGGACACAGAUGUGGAGUACAAGAAGCAGCAGGACCCCUACUUGCUACGGACAGGCCGCUUUGAAGAGGCAAGCACCAUGCCUUGCCGCCUGGCACUCUCCCCUGACACCCAUGUCCUGGCCUUGGCCACUGGCACCAAUAUUCAUCUCUUCAACACACGCCGCGGGGAGAAGGAGGAAUACUUCGAGUGCGUCCACGGGGAGUGUAUUGCUGACUUGACUUUUGACAUCACUGGCCGCUUCCUGGCCUCCUGUGGGGACCGUGCAGUGCGGCUCUUCCACAAUACCCCUGGCCACCGGGCUGUGGUGGAGGAGAUGCAGAGCCUCCUGAAGCGGGCAUCCAGCGAAAGUACCCGCCAGAGGCUGCAGCAACAGCUAACCCAGGCCCAAGAGGCCCUCAAGAGACUGGGUGCCCUGAAGAAGUGACUCUGGCUCCAGAUGGGUCUGGCUGCCUGGCCCAGCAGCUGCUGCUCCCCAGUGGCCCCUAGGAUGUCGAGACCUGGAGGAACCUCCCAGUUUUCUUCCUGGUGGCCCCUACUUUUUCCUAUUGAAACUAUUCUUGCAUACUCAGAUCUCUCUCUCUGUCUCUCUCUUCUUGUUUGACUCUUCCCAGACUGAAAAGUACUGUUUUCUCACAGGCCCUAGGGGUAGAAUCUGUCUUCACCUAGCAGGGAGAAGGGGAGUAGACAGAAGACANACAGAGCAAAACCUUUGAUGGUUUGGCAAANGACCCUAACAUCCAAAGAAGUUUGUCAGUGUAGAGGGAAAACCCUAGGGUCACCAGGGACAAAUUGCUGUUUUAUAAGAGUUCAGAACAUGUUUUAUAAUGCUGCAUGGUCAGCCUCCAUCUGGACCAGGCUCCUGAUAGCAGCAAGAAGUAAUUAAGGACUGGUCUUUGUUGGCAUUGGUCUGUAAUAUCAGCACUAUACAGGCAAAGGUGAGAGGAUCAGGGGUUCAAGGCCAGCUUGGACUACAUAGUGAAUUCUAAGUCCUCCUGGGCUCCAUUCAUAUGGAGAGAAACCUUGGCGAGAUUGUUUUUCCCUGGGCUUCAGUUUUCUUAUUUGUAAAAUGGGGAACGAUGCUCUCUGUGGUCUUCCUGCAAAGAUGCUGUGAGGCUAGGAGUGUUAUAAUGCUCCCACACAUGGAGCAUAACAGGUCUGUCCAGUGUCAUUACCUACCAGGUAAACAUAGGAUGCAGACGGUGUUCUGCAAGCAAACUAGGAAAAAACCACAGCUCUUGUGAAGCCAAGUUUCCUAGGGCUCUGCUUGCUCAUUCAUCUUGGAUAAAUAUGGUGGUUUGGUUCCCGUGCCUUGAGAAGUAAUGCCAUCCCAAGAGGGUGUUCCUCUCUUGGGGNCUUCUUGAACCCAUCACUUCAGGGCCUGCUUCAUGGGACCAGCUAGUGAUGCUGGCUAACACAGACAACACUAGGCCUGCUGCCAAGGGUAAAAGCUGGUGGGAGGACCUAGAGGCUGGUGUCUGUGACGUGCUUUUUGUUCAUUUACAGCUGCAGGGGAGGUUGUGGACAGGAGGCUUGACCGUAGUGAAUCCAGGACAAUAAUGGGGAAAGAAUGGAAUCCACCCACUAAAAGACUGGGUCUCAGCCAUGUACAUUUGAAGACUGCUUGGACUGGUCUUUGUUGGUGAGGAAGAUGGCAGGCAUCUAGGAAGGCUUGAAUCUAGCAAAAGGUUCCCAUCCCGGUUAGUUUUGAUCUCUCACUUAAAAGUAGGGCCUCUUCCUGCCAUCCUCAAUGCUACAGGAUGUUUAGAACAAGGCACAACCCUGAAGUUGACCUUGAUGGCUCCCUUGUCACACUCUCCUUCUACCACUGCUGCUACAUCCAGAUGGCCUGCAGCGUCUGCAUCUCUCCCACUCUUCUGUUACCAUCCCUGUCUUAGCCACUGUCCCGUAGUAUAUGGAUAGUACUUCUGUUUCCAANCACAUUACUUCAAGUCAGUUUUCUACAUAGUUUAGCCAGCUUUGGAAAAACAAAAAUGGUAUUUUGGAUCAUGCCAUUUCCAAAAGGCUUCCUUCUCUCUAUACUUGGAAUUAAACCACAAACUCUCCUUGUGGCCUGUGAAAUGUCAUGAAAUUUAGCCACUCCUGUGAUCUUUCUUUGCAGUGGUCCAACCCCAUUCUUCCUGUAACCCAGGCAUUUGGCAGGCUCCGGGUGUGGGCUGGUCCCUCUUGUGCUGAAAGUAUUUUUCCUUUCUGUUGGCAGACUUGUCAAUGCGAUUCAGUCCUUGUAACUUUCACUCGAAAACAGCUGCCNCCUCACCCACUCCCUCCGAAGUAGCCCUUUCCACCAAUCCUGUCCCUCCCAGUGCCCUGCUGCUUUUCCUUUUGUAUGAAUUGAUGCCAUCUUGUCUGGCUAUGUGUUGACUGCAGUGUCAGAGAAGGGCAGUGAGGGGUUAAGAGUGGGAAUUAGGCCCGUCACCUGGUCUUGUGAUGGGAGACUGCACUGGGCUGGUGGCACAGUGGGAGGGAGCCGCUACUGACUGAUAAGCCGCAGAAGUUGCCAGUUGCAGAGAAGUUAGAUGCUGGCACUGUACUUUGCAAGGAGGCAUCCUUGUGGACUGCACCAAACCCUGACGGGGGAGGGCGCAGCUCAUCAGUCUCAUUGGCGCUGAAGGAUUCUUCCUUACUUUUCCUUUUGCAGUCCUGGGAAUGGAAGCCAGGGUCUCAUGCAGGUGGACAAAUAGCUCUGCUGCUGAGCCAUGCCUCAACCCCUCACUGGGAGAUGCUAGACGAAGACUCUCCUCAGCCACAGCCCUAGCCCUCACUGGACAAAUGCUUUGCCUCCGAGCCUCUUUGCAGCAGUUUGUGAAAUUGCUGAAGAAUGCGUUGGAACAGAAUCCUUGUUGGUCUGCUUUGCUCUGGGUCCCAAGUCAACUAGCCAGGACAAAGUAAGCUCUCAAUAAAUGGGACUCUAACUAGAAGUAAUGACCAAGCUUUUGAUAUAUUUUGUUUUCUGCACUCCGCUCUCUAUUGUGGAUUCAGGUUUCUGAUAAGAUCAGCCAUAUUGAAGGCCAUGUGGCCACACAGGGAUUUGGGCUUCUGACUACACAGCUGUGCCUCAGGCUUGUGUGUGCGCGGGGGCGUGUCUGGUGGGCAUCCGCUCUGGUUGUUGAAANCAUCUGAAAAUGCGUUCUCUGGCUUCCGCACUCGUCGUGUCUUGAGAAGUAACUGGUGCCGUGGCUGCACAGGGAAGGCAGUGAACCCUAGCAAGAAUGCUUAGCUGCUGAAGUCAGAAGUCUGUUCCCAAACUGGCCAAGUCACUGGCCUCUGGCCUGGAGUCCUGUAAUCACAGAGGCUGCCAGAGUUUGUCUCCCCACGUGUGGAAUGGGAAUAAAUGUUGCUCUGUCACCUUG